AUGUUCGAGAAAAAGUUCAACAUUGAAGUACAAACUUUACAGCCUUUACGUGAGUUUCUUGCACAACUGAAGGAAGAAGGUAGUCGGCCACAACUUAUAGACUUUCAUUAUGAAUUUAAUGAAAAUGAAGAUGGAACUCAUGACUGUCAAUUCAUUGUAUUCUCACCAUUCAAUGAAGUCGCUAAAGAGAAAGAAAAUCCAUUACGUAUAAGAUUUCAAAUCUCUGAACCAAGUGAUGAUUUCAAGAAUGUUUUCAAUUAUGAUGCAAUGCUUCCGAGGAAAAAUGAAUUUUCAAAGAUUGUAACACCUGGCAUUUGGGAUAGAAAGCAAGCUAUAUUAUAUUCAAACUUAAGUAAGGGAGUUGAAAAUGAGUUCAUUGGUCAUACAAGAACUUCACCACUUCCUAACCCUAAAUACUAUAAAUUAACUGGCUUCAAUCGUGAGUUUUGGAUAGACAUGUUCUCCACUCAUGACCAUAACUGCCCAGUGUUCUUACCUCCAGACCAUAAGGACUGUCUCUACAUUGAAGCACAACUCUUAAACUCUACCAUCGCAGUAUUGUAA